GGCCGACCGAGCGGGAGUCGUCCGCUUGUCGUGGAGGCUGCUAGGGAGCCGGGAGAGGGUGAGCGGCGAGCAGGCGAGCGAGCCGGAGCAGACGGGAGGGAACGUCGCGCGGCGUAGCGAGGCGCCGGGGCCAGGCCUCGGCGGACCCACCGCCGGAGCGGGGGAGCCGGAGCUGAGCGCCGCGGGUCCCCACCCCCACCCGGCCGGACAGUGCCCGGCGUACCCCGUGCGAGGGGCGGCGGCGGCGGACGAGACCCGACAGGACCGCGGGGUGUUGCCACCUCCAUCAGGGCGCCGGUGCGGCCGCGGGCUCCUUAGAGCCGGGCCCGGGGCCCGUGACAGACGGGCCGAGGAGGGGAGAGAGAGGCAGCGGCGCAGGCGACGGGGAGGCGGCGGCGGCGGCGGCGACACCAUGUCAUCCCCCAGUCCGGGCAAGAGGCGGAUGGACACGGACGUGGUCAAGCUCAUUGAGAGUAAGCAUGAGGUUACGAUCCUGGGAGGACUGAAUGAAUUUGUAGUGAAGUUUUAUGGACCACAAGGAACACCAUAUGAAGGCGGAGUAUGGAAAGUUAGAGUGGAUCUUCCUGAUAAAUACCCUUUCAAAUCUCCAUCUAUAGAUCUUACCAAUAUAUUUGAGUCCUUCCUGCCCCAGUUGUUGGCCUAUCCUAACCCCAUAGACCCUCUCAAUGGUGAUGCUGCAGCCAUGUACCUCCACCGACCAGAAGAAUACAAGCAGAAAAUUAAAGAGUAUAUUCAGAAAUACGCGACGGAGGAGGCGCUGAAAGAGCAGGAGGAGGGCACCGGUGACAGCUCGUCGGAGAGUUCCAUGUCUGACUUUUCGGAAGACGAGGCCCAGGAUAUGGAGUUGUAGUAGAAAAGGCACCUGCUUUUCAGAAAGACUAUUAUUUCCUAACCAUGAGAAGCAGACUAUAAUAUUCAUAUUUAAACAAAGCAAUUUUUUUUAUUACUAAACAAGGUUUUUAUGAAUAAUAGCAUUGAUAUAUAUAUAUUAUAUAUCACCCUUUAGAUCGUGAUUUAUUGGUCAUUUCUCAACCUGAGGUGCAUAGCAUAUUCCCACAUUCCAUUUUGGUAGCAAUAUGCAGUCGGAAUGCAUGCAUUCAUAAGUCCAUGGCCAAGGCCGCCUGUGUGCUCCUGAACCGUCAAAAGAAAUAGCCGCUCUGAUAGGUAGACGCGAGUAACCUCUUCUCUUAUUGAUGGUUCCAAAGAAAUAAACCAAACCAACCAGCUCUUGGACGUGAAGAUAGAAUAGUACUUUUUCCAAGUGAAAGGAACAAAUUGGGGAGGAAAAAGGCGUCCAUGGAGCAGUGAGAGCCUGCCCGGGAAGAGCCAGAGCUGCCCCUGCCUGUUAAUCCUAGGUGGCCCCAUUUCUGUGGAGUAACAGUAUACCACAGGGAGCUAAUCGGAGUAUUGAAACUUAAAACCAUUUUUUGACUCGGAUUUUAAGUACAUUUUUAUAUGUAGAUUCCUGCCCUUCAAGCUCCCGGGCUCUGCAGCCACAAGUGUUUUGCCUUGGAGAACCUGUUGAAAGUGUUUUCUGAACCUGAUCAUUUUUCUUGAGAGUAGAGCUUAUAAUCCAGGCCUUUUGUGAGAGGACAGGACAGGAGGAGAAAAGUGACCAGGAAGAUGCUUCCGUUGACCCAAAACAUAAGUCGCAGCCUAAUCCUACUGUUUGGCCAGUGCGAGACUGCUCCCUUGGACUAAGAGCUUUAAAUGUGAGGGUUUUGGGGGUGCGUGUGAACUGUGCUUAGACAGGUUGCAGAUGUAAAACGAGACAGGCUCAUCCUCGCACUCGCCUCUCAGUGCGCCACCAGCCCAGGAAGAAGACCGCUGUGGCUGUGGACCCCGCGGGCUCCCGUUCACAUUUUGUUUCUGUUUUCCCUUCUUCUGCCGCUUGCCUGGCAGCAGCCUGGUCACCAUCUGCUUGUGGGAGUGGGAAAUGGGUGUUUUAGACCCAACACAUUUUAAAUUGAAAAUGAAUAAUAAUUGGAACAAAUAAAGGUUCUUAGACCCAAAGUGACUGUAUGUGGGAAAAACAAACCCAGCUUUAUUCAGCAUAUGACUGACUAGGAAAGAGGGACUCAGAAAUGUGAUGUAAUAGAACAGGUUUGAAAGGAAGGGAAUUUUUUUUCUCCUGUGUGUAUGUCAAGAGGAAAUCAGACCGUUGAAAAUGCCCGCUAAUCAAAUAUGUACUCAGCUAACCAUAUGUCCCGGUUGCCGGCACAGCCUCUUUCAAAUCUGAGUGUCGCCUACUGAAUCUGAGGAGAACUUGGAGACGUUUCAGACUGUAACUUUGUGUUCUUUUUUGCCACAACCGACAGGGCAGAAUUAGCCAAUCCUCAAAUCUCCUAAAGACAACUUUUGAAUGUCCCACCGGGAUACUUUUUCUUUUUGGUGUGUGUUUUCAGUUUAGAAGUGCUAUUAUUCCACAAGGUUUGAGUCGAUGAGGUUGAAAGAUAGUCUAUCCUUUUUUUUUUUUUUAAUUCAAAAAGCACAAUCAGUCUUUUCUUUGAAAAUCUAUAUAAAGUACAACUUGCUUUUGGCAUGAUUAUUUUCCUAAAUAAAAGAAAUAAUUUACUUAUUUUAUGUUAAUUACGGGCAUGAAGCAAAAGGUUUUCUUUAAAAUAAAAUUAAAAGUGCAGUUAUGUAGGGCUGUGGUUAGUUAACAUACUGAGUUACUAGCAUUUGUGGCUUGUUGGAAGGGUAGUAUUAACUAUUUAACAUGUAAUGGUGUACUUUAACUCUUAUCUAGCACGUUGUCUUCUCAUUACUUUGGGGGAGGGAGGGGCUCUGCUGGCACUGUCUAACCUGCUUACCUGCUGAAUGAGCAGUUUGCUUGUGCUAUAACCUUUAUUGUAGGUGCUAUUUAGGGUAGGCUUAAAGUACGGGGUGGUGAUUUCAGUUCAAACAAUAAAAAAUUGUAUUUUUUCAAUAUUGCAGAAGCAAUAGUGUUCUAAUUACCUUUCAAAAAAUGAUGUCCCAGUAAUAACUGUUUUUAAUCUUGUCAAAAGCUAGUUGGCGGAUCUAGACCCAAACAUAGGGCAGGUGUAUGAGCGUGAGCAGUGACACAGCCCUGCUCCACGACCCGAUCCCUAAGGCAACAGAGCCUGCCCCCGUCCAGCACCAGACAUCUGACAGUGCAGAGUCCCCAAAAGGAAGACUUGUGGGGGAGGUUGCAGGAAUUAAGCAGAUUUGUGUGUGUGUGUGUGUGUGUGUGUGUGUGUGUGUGUGUGUGUGAGAGUCUGUGUGCGUCCCCCGGUGGCUGUCCAAGACUGUGUUGAAGACAUGAUUAGGCUUCUCCUGGGCCUUGGAAGCUCCUGCAGUUGCUACCAGAUGACAUGCCCCCUCAUUCUGUGCAGAUUUAUCUUUCCUGGGCACUAACCUUGGUCCCAUGCAUGUUUUUGGCUGUGUGGGGCUUUUUCUCUCCACUGGGAACUUGACUUUUGACAGGUGGAACAUAAUCCUUCUUAGACUAACCCUAUCCCUUCCCUGCACCUGGGAGAGGUGGGCAUCGGAGACCAUGCUUAUAGUAGAGGCAGCUGGAGGAAGGCCUGGCUGGUGAAUCUGAGGACUCUCACCCAACCAUAGAUGGUGGCAUCAUCCUGGGGCAGGGGGUGUUUCCAGGGUUGUUGGUCCUUUCGAACGCUCAGAAAAAGCAUCCAGAGCCUCCCCAGAAGAGCUGUACCUUCCUGGAUAUAAAGGUGGUGGUCCGUCAGAGCUGCGUCUAGCAGUUUUCAAGCCCUUUUCAGUACCCAUAGUUUUUGAAAUCCUACCUUGUGGUUGACCAGCGCAAGCCAUUCUUUGCAACCCUUUUCAAAUAACUGAGCUCAAACUCUCCCCAAACACCAACAAGCAGGAUGGCCCCAGCAGAGCAGCACUUAAUGGGCUCUUGGCUUGCCCUGGAAGCCCGGCACUGAGCCUUGUGGGUCGCCUUCAGUGGUAGCCAACCUAGAAGCUGGUGUCUUGGCUCUUUUGUCUUCAAUCUCAUCACCGUCCUUGAGGUUACUGUGCAGUCUCAAGGAGCCUUUUAUACUAGCGAGAUGAUUAUCACAAGUUGCCAUAUUUCUUCACAGCACCUAACAUUUUUCUUCUACUUCAACAGCUGUUCUAGUUGCCAACUGGCUGAUCUAAGCUUCAGAUGAGUGUCUCCUCUCAAAGGAAUCUCCCCUCAGAGGGCUCCCUGAAGGCCUAGUUGGCCUUCUUGACUGGCACUUGCUUUUUAUUACGCUCGUAUGGUGGGGAGGUGGGCCGAGAAUCAUGAAGGAUCUUCCACCAGCCUCCAUGAGUGGCUUCCAGGCAACAUGCUUCUGGGAAGUAGUGUUUAAUUUUAAAGGGUGUGUGACCCUCCUGUGUCUUAGGGACUCAAUUAGAAAAGUGAGGAACAUUCACAAAAAUUAGCAAAAAUCUUCAGCUUCCACAGCCUUGUUGACUGGAAUUGAAUCAUUUCUGAUUGGGUGCAAAGAAAAAUGCAUUUCUUUAGUCUUCUGAAUCCGUUCAUAUUUUCUCUGGCCAUUGAACACCUUGGUGACUUCGUUAGGGCCUGGAUGGGUGGACGCCCCUGGGGGAAGGGCCAGCUAACAGCCCUCAGGUAUGCAGGUUCUCCACUCACCUGAGGAGGGGCCAGGCUGGCUCUUCAGCAAAUGCUUUUGGCUGUGGGCUUGGGAAGAAAUGGCCGUGAUUAACUGUGUUUGGUACAUUGUGCGAUACUUGAAGAGAUAAAAGGAUUUACGAGUCCUUCAUUGAAACCUAAGCUUUUUAUUGCUUUUUCUCCUCGCCCCUUCUCCUCCCUUCCACCUUUUUCCUUGCAUUGUGAUGAUCUAGUGGGCACUUCUGUCAACAGGACAAAUGCCUCCUCUGGCUAUAACCUCUUAAUAGUUGUGUAUAAUAAAAACUGUAAACUUUUUUAAAAUAAAAUGUGUCUAUACCUUG